AUGGAUAUAGAAGGAACCCGGGGACUUCCUGCGUCUGCUGAGCCAGAGCUGACUCAUGACAUCCUUGUAUCCCGCACGUCGGUCCCACCAAAAGCCUGCAAUCAAGUAACUGGGAGGUGCAAAGGAGGCGGUUUGGAGUCGCCUCCAACAAAUAAGCUCCACAUGUCCACUCCGGAGUCAUCUGGGCUACCGAAACGGAAAAGGACUAGCAUGACGAUCUGUACUUAUAACGCACGUACGCUUGCGUCGGAAGCGACCAUCGAAGAUCUGAUGAUGCAAGCCAAGAAGAUUAAGUACGAAGACAUCGGACUGACGAGACGACGUCACCUUCUCAACGCCGUAUAUGAAAUUGGAGAAGAACUGUUCUUAUGA